GCCGCCUCCACUUAAGGCGGGGAGCGCGGUUCGGGCGGCAGUUGCUGUGGUUCCCGUCCCGCCUUCGUUCUUGUGAGAGCGGAAGCUCCCGGACGUGGCGUCCCGAGUCCAGGCGGUGGUGGCUGUCGACCCCGAGGCCCGUCGCUCAGCGUCCCUUGUUCGAACCCGAGCCGGCCCCCCCUGUUUCGCCACUUGGGGUCCGUAGCCAGGUCGCUCCGGCGCGGCCGAGGAGAAGGCCGCCUGCGAGAUGUUCAAGAACACGUUCCAGAGCGGCUUCCUCUCCAUCCUCUACAGCAUCGGCAGCAAGCCGCUGCAGAUCUGGGACAAGAAGGUGCGGAAUGGCCACAUCAAAAGAAUCACUGAUAAUGACAUCCAGUCCCUGGUGCUGGAGAUUGAAGGAACAAAUGUCAGCACCACAUACAUCACAUGCCCUGCAGACCCAAAGAAGACAUUAGGAAUUAAACUUCCAUUCCUUGUCAUGAUUAUUAAAAACCUGAAGAAAUACUUUACUUUUGAAGUACAGGUACUAGAUGACAAAAAUGUGCGUCGGCGAUUUCGGGCAAGCAACUACCAGAGCACCACCCGGGUGAAGCCCUUCAUCUGCACCAUGCCCAUGCGGCUGGAUGACGGCUGGAACCAGAUUCAGUUCAACCUGUCCGACUUCACUCGGCGGGCGUACGGCACCAACUACAUCGAGACCCUGAGAGUGCAGAUCCACGCCAACUGCCGCAUCCGCCGGGUUUACUUCUCAGACAGACUGUACUCAGAAGAUGAACUGCCAGCGGAGUUCAAACUCUACCUCCCAGUUCAGAACAAGGGGAAGCAAUAACUGGAAUGCAACUCAAGGGAUAGACCCUGGACCUGACUCUUAGUUUUAAAGGAAACUCUGGAGGACAAUGCAGAAAAACAAGUAUUUCUAUUAGUUCACUGUGCUGUGGUUCUUUUGUCUACUCCUUGGUGUCCCUUGUCGCGGACACAGUGACCAUGCCGUACGUAACGCAUCGUAAGUACAGUGGGGAUGCGGGGCUCCUGGCGUUUUUCCCGCUGCCACCCCAGCGCGUGGGAGAUAACUUCCCAUGAGCUUACAGAAUUAAAGGUGUCCAUUUCAGACCAAAAUCUCUUUCUACGGUUUGUUCUUUGUUUUAUAUAUUAUCUAAAUAUAUGUAUAUGCUUGUAAUACUCAUAAUCUGGAAAUGAAUAAAAUGUUAUAUUCUUGGUUUGUA